UAAAGAUCUUAUAGUCACGCCAAGCAUCUGUGGUCAAGAAACUGGAAAUUCUUCAUCAGAAGAAGAUGAAGAAACUAWYGAUAAAGAUGAGAAUUUCUUGUCUGAGCUAAAAACMCCAGAGCAUGAUUUGAUGACYCUAGCUGACAUGUGGGUACGGGAUGAGAUCAGUAACUAUGACUACCUAAUGGCUUUGAACUUCUUCGCUGGUCGUCGCCAUGGAGACCCCAACUACCACCCCCUGUUUCCAUGGGUAACGGACUUCACUAGAGAACAUGGUAGUUAUCGAGAUUUGUCCAAGUCAAAGUUUCGACUCAACAAGGGCGAUAAUCAACUUGACAUGACCUACCAUCAUGCACUGCUCGAUACUCAGGAAGGAGGGGGRACUUCAGUAGCCCACCAUGUCUCUGACGUACUCUCUGACAUCACAUUCCAUGCAUACCUGGCAAGGCGCACACCUGUAUCUGUGCUAUGCGAGCACUUAAGAUCCAAUUGGGUUCCUAAUGAAUAUCCAUCAACGAUGGAGCGUCUGUAUUCCUGGACACCAGAUGAAUGUAUUCCACAGUUUUUCUCCGAUCCAACAAUAUUCCGAUCGAUUCACAAAGAUCUUCCAGACCUUGAGCUUCCUUCCUGGACGCCAACUGCUGAGGAUUUCAUYAAAUGGCACCGUGAUGUMCUUGAGGGUGAUGAGGUAUCCAGAAACCUUCAUYUAUGGAUCGACCUUACGUUUGGCUACAAACUUAGCGGCAAAGCAGCCGUUAGAGCCAAGAACGUCUGCCUGCACUUAGUCAACAAAAACCAAGACGUUAGCAACUAUGGCGUUGUSCAACUGUUCACCAAACCACAUCCCGCUCAGUCCAAAAUGGCCGAUCUACGAAAACUMACCUCAACGGGRAGUAGCUUUGUCGACUCKGGGAGUGUUCAGCCGUUCUCUGUUAGUGCGUAUCUUAAAUCCAAUCUGUAUGAUUCGAUGGUKUCUUUGGAUAGUAUUGACGAAGUUGGUCUCGGUACAAAUGAUUCAACKCACAGCAGUACUACUGAGGAUAGCUUGAAGACUCCUGAAGCUGAAAAAAUAUUUCUACCAGAYGAUUGCAAUCCUUUAAAGCUGCUAGAGACGUAYGAGGCCAUACACAARUUUAAGCGGCAGUUUGUUGUUAAGAAUAAACGCGAUGAACCAACGGAAAGACCGGAGCUAUGCGUUGACGAGUCAAUUCUCGAUAAACUACUUCAACGCGAUAUCGAGGCUCUUGGGUGCAUCGUCGUUGAGAUGGUGCUUCCUGACAAAGUUCGCCUGGUGUCUGCCGGUCUGUCACAGCAACAGAAAAUAGUUGCAAUUAAAAACCUCUGCGCCUCGAAUCCGAAGAUUUUACCAAGAUACCUCAGGAGUGGUGUUCUAAGAAUGUUGAAUGUACAUUCGUCACCUAGUGAUAUCAUCAGCAGUACAACGUCUCAUCUCCAUCAUUGGAUUGAUCGUGACGAUGAUCUCGCUUCCCUCAGCACUGGUCUCAUUCUUCAUCCCCAAACAGGCAUCUUUCCUUUUCCAUCGUAUUUCAAAGAACUGCAUUACUUCUUGAUUCGGUUCACAAAAGCGCGACUUGAAGAUCGUUACCAUGGCUUACAGUCGUCGUUGAAUAGAGAUACCUCUCAGAAAAUAUCUCCUGUAGGACUAGAACACUGUUUCAGUAACAAAUCUGAGUAUUCUACUCGUCAAAUUGAUAUCGCGGCUGAGAUUCUUCCGUCUCUACUGCCUAACCUUGAUGAGGAAGGUGUUCACCUUCUGUUAUACCAUCUUGAGCCACUGUUUAUYAAUUACGAGACGCGGCUGUAUGCAUUUACUCGUUURUUUGAUACCCUUGCACAAUGCCUUGGUCCUAAGUCUACGUUAAAGACAUUCUUAAAGCCUCUGAUUGAGCUUUGUGACUCACGACUGUUGCAGAACUACGAGCACUUGGCGGCACAGUCUUUCCUCUCGCAAAUCAUCGUGCGGUUUGGACUGGACGUGUUCUUGGCACAUUUUGUAAACUUCGCAGUAGAUGCUGUCGCUUUUGAAUUGAUGCUUGAGAAAACAAARCGGUCUUCAGAUCGUAUAUCUGUUCACAGUAACGAGGGUAUAACGGCGGACGUAGUUGAAGAAGAAGCUGAGAAUAAAAASCAAAUGAACAGCUCGACAACGUCCAAGAGAUCGUCCUAUCUAACUGAUGAUGACGCUCAGUUAAGCGAUCAAGAGGAAGAGGAGUACAUAAAUCGAUAUGAUGACAUUGACGAGCAGAAUAGCUUCAGUAAGAGGCUGUUUACAUGUGAAGAAGAAGACGAGAAAGAUGUUGAGUCACAGGAAGACGCCUCUGCAUCUGAAAUUGAAGGGUUGGUUGUCUUGACCAAAGAGAACAGUAGCGAUGUAAACGACGAAGAGGAAGGUCUUUCAAAUACGGAUUACCUGCUUGAAUGCGUGAGUGAAACUCCAAAACAGGAAAAAAACAACAAACAAUCUGCYAAGGACAACRAUGCCGAAGUCUCUGGCRUGCUUGAAGAAGAUAAAAGGGAAGAAGACGAAAACGAUGGUAAAAUUGCCGAAGAAAUUGACUCUGACGUGCCGCUCAAAAUAGACAGYCCUACSGAUCAAAUUUUGAAAACCRRCGAUGUUACAGAUAUAAAUKCAGUUGAAYCYACWSAAGAUGACAAUAACGCUAACGAUCGAUCCAGUGAACAAGAUGAAGAMGAUGAGCGGCUAACCGCAGAUGAUUCAUCCGAAGACUCAUCCGAUGACGAAAAGUCAGAUACACUAGGUGAACAAGAACCGCCUGAAACUAACCAAUCAGAUUGUCCGUCAGCCGACGUCUUCUACCAAGARACCAAAUCACAAGAUAYYAAGAAAACAGAACAAAAUAAAGAGGAAUUGAGCCCGCUAUACGUCUCGGGGAUUGCCGCUGAGAGUGUCAUGUGGCUCGCGCCUCGACUUGGUCCUGCACUGACGUCACAAUAUCUUGCAAAGCAGCUUCUCACCAUGCUCCCUCAGUGUUAUAUGGACGUGGUCGGAGUCGAGGAGUUUGAGCUUGAAGAUGAGGACCGCAAAGCUAAAUGGAUAUUGUACUGUUUGGGAAACUUUUGUGCUCGAUCCAUUCUAAGAUCACAGCUCGUGGAGAAGCUUCUCUUGCUGCUGUCUUUGCUUUGAUUAAGUACUGCGUUCCCUACAUCUCCAAGGAYACGCUCAUUGAGAACUUCGAGGUUCUYUUUAAAUCUGUCUUUCAGCCUGUACUACGWAUCCUUUCCUCUUGGAAUACCAAAUUCCCCGGUGGGGGUGAUGCUAGGGCAGCUCUUUGUCAUAACUAUGUAGAUCUGUUGACGGUGCUGAGUCUCAAGCUGGAGCGCGAGUUGGCCAAAGAACUAAUGACGGCACCUUUGCAGCAAUUUUUCUCUUGUUUUGAGUUAGUUCACAUGAAGAAGAAGGAGAUAAAACUUGGAAGUUCCUCUUUUAUUGCUGUUUCUAGUUCUGUAGACAGUGUUGAAGAAGAAGCCAAGGAUAUCCCACAAUCACCAGUCCUUGAAGGCAACGUUAUCAAGCCUGAGCAAAUCGAGGCAUUUUACAAAACAUCUGUAUACGAAGAACUGUGUCAGACAUUCUCCGCCGCCAUGGCCCACCACGCUUACGUUCCUCUGUGUGGCAUCAUGGGAAGCAAAUACAUGGAAAACUCGCUGUACAACCAUGAACUUAUAUGGAACUUGUGCUGCAGUCAUGAUGCACAGCUGUCUCACCCUGGAACUGAUGACGUCGGCGAAUCAGUUGACACCAGUGAUGACCAUCAAAAGGAUGAGUGCGACGAUGAGGUGGAAAAAGUCUUGCAAGGAGAGCUGAAAGGAAAAAAUGGCAACGAAGACGACACAGACAGCAAGACAAAUGCUUUGAGAAGAGUUGCUGCCAGGAGAAUCAGGACUCCUUCUUGGCUGAGUGGUAGAAAAGAGAAGCGGAAGAGUCAAGAUUUGGGAAGUAAACCUGAAUCGACCCAUACAACUGCAUCGGACCAAUAUCUMAAAGGGAGCUGGCUGGAUCAUUGGAAAUAUCAGCUUCAAUCUAACACAAGAUCUCGCAGAAGUUGUUUUGAAUUUCAGCAAAUCAAGCUCCAGACUUUUACAGGUCACAGUGGCCCUGUCCGUUCCAUAUACACCCAGGACAGCGAGCACUUUUUCCUGUCUGCGAGCAAAGAUAAGACCGUCAAACUUUGGUCGCUUAGCAACCAUGGUGAUGGGACUGCCCAAUCAGCAAGCUCAUGGACGUACUACCGUCAUUCCCGUGGUGUGUUUAGCGUUGAUAUGGUCGAGUCUCUUCGACAGGCUGUGUCAUGUGAUGGCUCUGUUCAUAUUUGGGAUCCCGUUCACGGAACCACAAUCGCUACGCUAGAACCRAACAAGAACACAACCAUUGUUGCCAUGGUAGCAAUGCCAGCUCCUAGUCAGACUGUGGUGGUAGCUACCUCUGAAUCGACGGCAAGGUUUAUCGAUGUUCGUCAGUCGUGUUUUGUUCACGAGUGGAAGACUACAACAAGCAAUGCAGCAGGUACGGUACGACACAUGUGUUGUUCACCCGAUGGACGUUGGAUAGCCCUCGGCUUUUCCUCGGGUCUUGUCUCUGUUCUUGACGUCCGCGGUGGUUUACUGCGCAGUCAAAGAAGAGCGCAUACCAGUGAUAUCGUUCAGGUUUGUCCUUUUUCAAACAAUUCGUUCUUCACUUCRUCUAUGGACCAAGGCCUWUCGUUGUGGAAAGAUGACGGCGUACGAUUAAAGAAUCUAAAAGGUCAUACAGAACCGUUAAACCUUCUACUUGUACAAAAGGACCACAUUAUAUCAUCCAGCAUCGCUAGUAGGAUAGGGGUUUACGAACUGGUGGACGAGCCCUCAGAGGGUUCCUACACAAGCUACAAAUUGGCACCGGAACUGUUUCGGGGGAAUAUGACAUCACUUGGUUAUUUAAAGCUCAACCAAUUGUUGUUACUGGGAAGUGAUACUGGUAACAUCACCCUCUGCGCAUGACAGGAUAGACGUUCUUUGUGAUUUCACACUGUUGUCUUGUCAGUGCUGGUCGCUCUCUUUCUCUUAAUAUUCUUUCCUUUUCGUUUUCUUUUGUGCUUCUUUUAAGUCGAUCGGUUCUUUCUUUCUUCCUCCUUUCGUUUCUUUCUUAAUUUGCCUUUCUAUAUUUUUCUUCCCUUCUUUUUUUUCUUUCCCUUUCUUUCUUUCCCAUCUUUCCUUACCUCUCUCCUCUGUUCUGUCUUUCUUUCACUUGACACAUGUUUCCUUGUUUUUCAUCUCAUUCUUUCUUUAAGCGUUUUUUGUGUUGUUUCUUGAUUUUCAUUUAACUUCUUUAUUUCUACUCUCUUUUGCUCCUUGUCCUACGUUCUCAUUUUUCUCUUUUUUCAUCAUCUUCCUCUCAUUCCAUCUUCCUUUCAUUCCAUUUUUCUUACUUAAUCAAACAAAAAAAUACAUAGUGAAUAUUUUUCUAUAAAUCRUGAAAUUA